AUGCGCGAACAAUCACAAAUAUGCCCGCUGCCUGACAGACAGUCGACAGCAAAUCAGCUGGUGCAGCAUGGGCGGCUAGUUUCUCUGUUUUCUAUCUCUCUGUAUUUAUCUCUCUCUUUCUGUGUUUGGCGCUUGAGGUCAGAGGUCAUGGCUGGGGAUUGUGGUGCAUUUGUGGACUGGUCUCAGAUGGGAGAUGUUUCUCAAGACGGGCCUCCCGGUAAGACUGAUUAUAAGGAGUUAAAAGAGCUGAAACAACAUGCCCGCUCAGGCCAGUGGGCGAAAAAUCACGCCCAGCGUGCUGCCAUUUAUCAGCAUCUGCUCAAAGCGCUCCCGUGCCGAACCGUCACUCCGGAUGCUGAGGUCUACCGGGACAUUGUUGGGAAUUCCACCAGCAAGCGGAACCCAUCCGCCUAUCCGUUACCUGAGUUUGUGGAUGAGAUGGCGGUUCCGCGGUAUUGUCUCAAAGCGGAAUCCGUUGGCUCGGUGCACGCCAUCAUUUCCUGCGUGGCAGGGCAGUUCCCGGACAUCUCGUACUGCCCGUCCUUGCCUGUGAUGACUGCGUUGUUGCUGCAUUGGAGCGCGGACGAAGCGCAGUGCUUUGAGAGUGUCAGUCGCAUGUUAGCUUGCAACGAGCCAGGCCGCCGUUUGUUAGAUCAGACUUUUCUCGCAUAUCAAUCGACCUGCAUGACCUUCGGCGAUCUUGCGAAUAAAUACUGCCCCGCUGCACACAAGCUGAUGGUUGCCACGGCGACAGACGUGCUGGAGGUGUACUCUGAUUGGCAGCGAUGGGUUCUCGGUGACCUGCCGUUUAGCUACGCUGCACGCGUGCUGGACGUCUUCUUGGUGGAGGGCUACAAAGUUCUUUAUCGCGUCGCGCUGGCGAUUCUGAAGUUCUACCGCAAGCAGAGCGCAGCCUCUGGAUCAGCCCUAACCAAAAAGGACUCUGCAGGGGUCAGAGGUGAUAUCCAGGCAUUUGUGCAGAACAUUGGGCAAAGUGUAACACCGGACAAACUGCUAGAGAAAGCCUUCUCCAUUCGCUUAUUCAGCCGCAAGGAGAUCACGCUGCUACAGCUGGCCAAUGAGAAAUCACUUCAGCAGAAGGGCAUCACCGUCAAACAGAAAAGACAAAAUAUGCAGUUAGCGGUGAAUGCGGAUAAUUUCAGCUCCGAGAUCGUCAGUGCUGAAGAGAUCAGAGAUAUCUGGUCGUGGAUUCCUGAACGCUUCGCUCUGUGUCAACCACAGCUGCUCUUUACAACAUCAACACACGGCUGCAGCCUGAACAGGUUUUAUUCGCAUUGUGAGGGAUACGAACCAACACUGAUGCUCAUCAGAACUACAGAUGGAGAGGUGUGUGGGGCCUUCCUGUCCACUGAUUGGGAGGAGCGUAAGAGAGGCGGGAAUAAGCUCAGCUUCUUUGGCACUGGAGAGUGUUUCGUCUUCAGAUUGAAGCCUGAGAUGGAGCGUUAUGAGUGGGUCAUAAUCAAACACCCAGAGCUGGCAAACGCAACCCAGCCCGCAGGCGAUGAACAGGCCUGUGCAGUCGGCAACGGCACACCACAGUCCCUAGAGAAACCAGCUGUAGACCCAUCUUAUCUCUCUCCUUUCCUGUCUGCACGACACUUCAACCUGAACUCACGCAACACCUCCAUGUUUAUGGCGGGAAACAUCGACUCCAUUAUUAUCGGCGGAGGUGACGGUAACGCGCUCUACAUCGAUUCUGAGCUGAAUCACGGGCGAACCGAGCGCUGUCUGACCUUUGACAACCCGCCGCUGUGUGCCGAGAGCUUCCAGGUGGUGCUGCUGGAGGUAUGGGGCUUCAGAGAUGCCAUGUCAACAUAGAGCGGAUCGUCACGCUUGUAGAUCAAGAGCGGAGAACAUCUGGAUGGAUUCUGUGAUUGUACAGUGACUGUGAGAUGUUUUUGUGUUGUGUCAGACACCCCUUAAUGUUGAUGGUAAAAGCAUUGAUGCUCCUUCAAUGCACUAAAAUCUGACCUGAGCUCCGGUGAGGAUGUUUGUUGUCUAUAUUUCUAAAUGCAAAACAUAUAUGUAUCAUUUACGGUGAUGUAUGUCGAUACGUUUCUGGAGUUGAUCAAGUUGAAGAAUUGAGAUGCUCUGAGGAAGUAAAUGAAGUUAAGUUUAGAAUCCAACUGUUUGAUCAAUUAAGCAUUUUGAAAUCACUGUUAAUCAUUAUCAGUAUCUUAAAGAAAUGAGAACCAGCACAGAGAAAGUCUCUCCAUCACAACCAAAUCCCCUCUGUGCCUGUGUGCCAAUUAGGGAAAAAACUGAUUUUCCAGGAUCUCUGCACAUGUGGACCAGAACAUAGACCUGCAGUCAUUUUGGGUUCAUUGACUACAAAUUAAAAGUACUUCUGGGCAUUUCUAAAUGCAGUUAUCUUUUAAAGGGAUAGUUUGCCCAAUAAUUAAUAUUCUUAUACCAUUCGCUGACCCUCAUGUCAUCCCCAAACCUGUAUGAUUUUCCCCCAUUGGACACCUCUCGAAGAAAUGUAAAAAAAUGAUACAGUAACCAGGAGCAGUCAAGCUCCAAAAAGGACAAAACACAUCGCAAACAUUGUCGCAUUGUGUAUUUUUAUUAUACAUUUAUAGUGUUCUGUGUCAAAGCGUUGCAGCUCCUGGUCACUGUAUGAUUUAUUGAGUCAUAUGGGUUUGGAAUGACAUGAAGGUGAGUAAAGUAAACACAGAUAUUUCAUUUAGGGGUGAAAUAUUCCUUUAAACUCCUUUAACUUGAACAUACAGUGAGGAACAUUUCAUAUCAUUCAAAAACAGUGUAAUUUACAUUAUUACUCUGUCCAAAUCACAAUGAACCAUUCAAACCAGCAAGUGAAUAUUUAGCUAAUCAUCAACAGGUUUAAUUUCAAUGAAAAGGUAUAUUAAAUGGAGAUUCUGUGUUUGUUUUGUUAAUGAAGGCAUAUCCAGCACUAUAUUGCAGUGGGAAGUAUUAUAUUUUAUGAAAAGAUUCUUUGCACUUACUCAACAUGAUUUUAAAUGGCACUGAAUACCCUAAUAAGUUGAUUGCUUAAACUCGUUCCCUCAAUUGAAUUGAGAAAUUGCUUCUCCAAAACUUGUUUAAUUAAGUUCACUUAACUUAGUGUUCAAAUUGAAUGAACUUAAAGGGGUAGUUCACCAAAAAUGAAAAUGCAGUCAUUGUUUACUCACCC